UGCGGGCGGCCAAGCCGGCUUCGCUGUCGCCCGCUGGAGCCGAACCCCAGGGCCCCCGGCUGGGCAAAAUGGGGGAGCCUCCAGCUGGACCUUCGCCCUAGCGGCGGCCCAGGACCAGGACAGGACGGACGCGGGAGGAGGCUGCCCCGGGGCUGCCCGAUCGGUCUCCGGGCAGGCUGUGAUGGCUGCGGAGAAGAGGCUGCAAGAAUACGGGGUGCUCUGCAUUCAGGAAUACAGAAAAAAUGGCAAAGUGGAGUCAAGUACAUGCAACAGCUUCAUGGGCUUGAAGAAUCAUCUGGGGCAUGACCUAGGCCACCUUUAUAUGGAGAGCACUGACCCACAUUUAAAUAUAUCCGCACCUUGGUCAAUGGUAGAAAAGCCAACAAUGGAUAAAAUUCAUUCUGGGAAGGAAGGAAAAGAGGUAUGUGAAGAAAAUGCCAGCUCUGGUGACUCUGAAGAAAGCACAAAUUCUGAUAAUGAGUCAGAACAAUUGAGUACUGUUUCAGCAGAGCCAUGCAUACUAACCAAGACUCACAGACAAUUAUGUAGGUCUCCCUGUCUAGAGACUCACAUACUCAAACGCAGUGAAAUUUUACAAGACUUUAAACCUGAAGAGUCCCAGACUUCAUCCAAGGAAGUGAAGAAACCCCCUGAUGUCGUGCGAGAAUACCAAACAAAACUGGAGUUUGCACUUAAACUAGGAUAUUCUGAAGAACAGGUUCAGCUGGUGUUAAACAAACUUGGUACUGAUGCUUUAAUCAAUGAUAUUUUGGGAGAACUUGUCAAACUUGGAAAUAAAAGUGAGGCUGAACAAACAGUUACUACAAUUAAUAAUAUAAUGCGGGAAACUUCUUCCCUGGAAUCUCAGAGGUGUGAAUCUCCAAAGCAAGAGAAUAUAACAGAUGAUGGGGAAAAUCUCAGGCCAAUAGUUAUUGAUGGCAGCAACGUGGCAAUGAGCCAUGGAAACAAAGAAGUAUUUUCAUGCCGAGGAAUAAAAUUAGCAGUGGAUUGGUUUUUGGAAAGAGGUCACAAAGACAUAACAGUUUUUGUUCCUGCUUGGAGAAAAGAGCAAUCCCGACCUGAUGCUCUCAUUACAGAUCAAGAAAUUUUACGGAAACUGGAAAAGGAAAAAAUCCUGGUGUUCACGCCAUCCCGACGAGUUCAGGGGAGGAGAGUGGUGUGCUAUGAUGACAGAUUCAUCGUGAAGCUGGCUUUUGAAUCUGAUGGUAUAAUUGUGUCCAAUGAUAACUACAGAGAUUUGGCUAAUGAAAAGCCAGAAUGGAAGAAGUUUAUUGAUGAGCGAUUAUUAAUGUAUUCAUUUGUCAAUGACAAAUUCAUGCCCCCUGAUGACCCCCUCGGCAGACAUGGCCCAAGCCUGGAUAAUUUUCUGAGGAAGAAGCCUAUUAUUCCUGAACACAAAAAGCAGCCUUGUCCAUAUGGAAAGAAGUGUACCUAUGGACACAAGUGCAAAUACUAUCAUCCUGAAAGGGGGAGUCAGCCUCAGCGGUCAGUGGCUGAUGAACUUCGUGCCAUGUCUAGAAACACAGCAGCCAAAACUUCAAAUGAAGGAGGACUCGUAAAAAGCAACAGUGUUCCUUGCAGUACAAAGGCAGACAGCACCUCUGAUGUUAAACGUGGAGCUCCAAAGAGGCAGUCGGAUCCAAGCAUAAGGACUCAAGUCUACCAAGACCUCGAGGAAAAGCUUCCCACCAAAAACAAAUUGGAAACCAGGUCUGUACCUUCUUUAGUUAGUAUACCGGCUACUUCUACUGCAAAACCCCAAAGCACUACAUCUUUAAGCAAUGGCCUUCCAUCUGGAGUUCAUUUCCCACCUCAGGAUCAAAGACCACAGGGCCAAUAUCCUCCAAUGAUAAUGGCAACCAAAAAUCAUGGAACGCCAAUGCCUUAUGAACAGUAUCCAAAAUGUGACUCGCCUGUUGACAUUGGGUAUUACUCCAUGUUGAAUGCAUACUCCAGUAUGAGUAUCUCAGGCCCACGAAGUCCUGAAAGGCGUUUCUCCUUAGACACAGACUAUAGGAUAAGUUCUGUAGCUUCUGACUGCAGCAGUGAAGGGAGCAUGAGCUGUGGGAGUAGUGACUCAUAUGUAGGGUAUAAUGAUCGGUCCUAUGUCAGUUCUCCUGACCCACAACUCGAAGAGAAUUUGAAGUGUCAACACAUGCACCCUCACGGCCGCCUUAAUUCCCAACCCUUCCUGCAGAAUUUCCACGACCCCUUAACUCGAGUGCAAAGUUACAGUCAUGAAGAACCAAAGUACCAUCACAAACCUCCUCUUCCACAUUUGGCUAUGCAUCUACAGCACCCAGCUGUGGGCGCCCGGUCCAGUUGUCCUGGCGAUUACCCCUCUCCCCCAAUUUCCACACACUCUAAGGCGCCACAUUUAGGGCGGUCCUUGUUGGCUACAAGAAUAGACAGCAUUUCGGACUCUCGGCUGUAUGAUAGCUCUCCUUCGAGACAAAGAAAGCCUUACUCCCGCCAGGAUGGGCUGGGAAGUUGGGAUAGGCAGAGCUAUGGGAUUGAUGCCUAUGGCUAUCGGCAGACAUACUCCUUGCCCGAUAACUCCACCCAGCCAUGUUAUGAACAGUUCACCUUCCAGAGCCUACCUGAGCAACAGGAGCCAACCUGGCGAAUACCAUACUGUGGAAUGCCACAAGAUCCUCCGAGGUAUCAAGACAACCGAGAAAAGAUCUAUAUCAACUUGUGUAACAUCUUCCCACCUGACCUUGUGAGAAUUGUCAUGAAAAGGAAUCCUCACAUGACCGACGCCCAGCAGCUAGCUGCAGCCAUUUUAGUGGAGAAAUCACAGCUGGGUUAUUGAAAGAUGAUGCAUCUUUGUGGUGUUUAGUCGUUUUUUGUUCAGCUCAAAUGCUGAGGGAGGUUUGCUACAAUAGCACAUGUGAUCUCCUUCUCAGCAAGGAGGUUCUAUAGUAUCCAUUUAUGUGAAAUACUGUAUCAUGGAAUCUGUAUGUAUAGCCCCACAUGGCCGAAGUAUCACGGAUUGCUUUACAUUCAAACUUUUUUUUAACAUUUCCUUUUUAAAGCUAUAUCCUGGGCUGGAAAUUUUUCCAGUUUGAUUUAAUAGAUGUUUCUGUGAUCUUUGAUAUUAAUCUUUGGUGCAUCAGGGGUUUAUAAUGCAGCACUUUUUAUCUUUGUUUCCUGUUUUAUUAACUUGGUGUUUGUCUAUCAAUAGCAAGCAAUUAAUAGUACCUUCAGAAUGUUGGACAUUUUACUAGACCUAGCAAACUAUUUUUUCAAGCCAAGCUUCAUUGGAAUCUUUUACAGCUUUUUAAGUUAUUUUUAUUUGGGGGAAGUGGGCUUCCUUGUGCUCUAAUCAUUAUUUAUAGAAACAAAGAUAAACUACAGCACUGACUUUAUAUUUUAAACAAAAUAUAAGUUACCAGUUAAUGCUGAAAUGGGUAACAGUAUAUUCUAGGAUGAUUUAUAAUAUGGCACUUUUCAUUAUUUUUUGUUUGAAUUUUUUUAAUUAAUUGGUUAAUUUAAGAUGAUUGAUUUAAAGGAAAGCAGAUGCAAUCAAUGGGAAAAAAAAUUGUUUCCUUUUUUUUUUUUAAGUGAAUAAGGCAAAAGCCGUUAACUGUUACAGUUUAGAGCUUUGUUAUCCAGCUAUGAUGUGCUUCUGACCAUAGAAAUGGAAUUGAAUUCCUAGAUUCCCAUUAACUUGUAUUUUUUAUGUGUUUGUCUUUUUUGUUUGGGGGCACAAAAAAUACUGGAUAAAAUCACCCUUUCACAGUACCUGCCUGUUUUUUAAUGAAUCUAAUUAUUCUCAAUGCAACUUUUAUAUUUAAUAUACUCUAGCUUUCCUGCUAUUUAUCAAGGCUGGCCUGCAGUGGUUUUAUGUGUUGAGGAUAUGCAACAUUAUUGAUACUGCACUAUAGAAAUGGUAAUGGAGGAGUUGUAUAAAUGGUAACUUAAAAUUUUUGUAAGAUACUGUAUAUUUUCCAUUUUCCUGAAGGUAGUUUUUUUGGGGCCUGUUAUAUUAUUAAGGCCAGAUUCUUGCCACAAAUAGUGUAGUUUUAGAUGCAGACUAAAGUCUGUUCUAGUAUUAGUAAGGGAUAUUUCUGGUUUCAAAGUCAUGGGUUUUGCUAGAUGCGAUUUCCUUUUCGUUAGACAGAUAUUUCAAUCAAUGGCAGACAGUUGAAUGACAUAAUUUCACUGUUGCCUCCAGUUUUUGAAUUCACUUUGUGUCAUAGAAACACUUCAAUGUUUCUGUAGUCUGCCUAGACGCCCUGGUAAUAUGACUAUUCUACAAGCUACAGUUUGAAGUAAAGCCCUGAAAUACCAGAAAGUACCUUUUACUGUUGAUACAAAUUGUAUCUUUUUAACUCUAAGAAAUAUUUUGAUUUGUAGAUCUAGUUAAAACACACACGUGUAACUAUGAUUAGACUUUUGGGCAACAUUUUAUCCCUUAUUUAAAUACAAAAAUUUUUGAAGUAAAAUUGAAGUCUAGACUAGGGUAGAAAAUAAAAGUAAAAAUGUAGGUAAAGAAAAGUGUCUGUCUUAGUUUUCUAGAUGAAACUACAUUCAAUAAAUUGAUUGGCAUUUUAUUUCCCCUCCAAUUUAUCUAGUAUUAACUUAAAAUAAAGGUAAAAUGCUGCCUGAAAAUAAUGUUCAAGCACCUUUGACUAGGAUAACAUUUUCACUACUUAUGUGACACCGUGUGUUGCAUGAAGUAGGAUUUGGGUAUACAGUAAAUGCUUCUAAAAGGCAUUGUGCAUAUUGACAUAUCCAAUAAUCUGAACCGUGUUCAGCAAACUUAAUUCAGGAAAGUGGUGUUCUAUACAAUUAUUGCUGUUGUUUUUGAGGUGUGUGUGGCACUCAGCCUGUACCCACAGAGAAUACAGAGGUUGCCGCACAAACCCAUCUGAGUGUUGUCUGAGAGAAACCCUACUCACUUGGGAGUUGUUCUUGAUUUUGUCUUCACUAUCUGUAGAACAAGUUUAGAUGUAUGGGCUAACCCAGUGCCAAAUAGAGUUACAAAUGUGUAGUAGAGUUAUUCUAAGACGAUUUUCUAGUGUAAAUUAUUUUAAGGUUUUUAACAUUUCCAUGUCCUCUCAUUUUUGCAUUUUAAUGAAAGAUUCUGCCAAACAUCACUAAAGUUAUUUAAAUGAGAGCCUAAGUGAAAUGUAUAUCACACCUUUGAUUUGACCUCAUGUUUUUAGCUGUUUGUCAUUGUUUCAUGGAUUUUAGACUCUGGAGAGAUAGCAUAGCUUUCUGCCACCUGUCCUGAAAUGAUUAACUCUGAACAACCCUUGCUGAAAUUUUUCAGUACCAUUGAGUUUUAAAAAUAGCAUUUUUCUAAUGCCAAGUGGAUAUUUGUUCCUUUUUUCCUUUUCUUUUUUUUUUUUAAAACACCAAUGUUGCUUUCAAGCUUAUGAACCUAACCUGCUACUUGGCAGACUUUAGGUAGAAAGAGCUCAUAACUUAUCCUAAAGCAAUAAGUGAAAGAAUCCAUCAUUAAAAGAAAAUCCAAAGCUGAUCCCAAACC